GAAUUAAAAAUGGGCCACAAUACGAAUUCACGAGCAACAAAAGGCGAAUUUUUGCACAAACUAUACAAUAACAAAUGUGAAAACACGCAUAAAAUACGCCACAGAAUCAAAAUAAAAGAAAACUGAACGAAAUCACAAUGACACUGACCGGCGCGAGAUCACCGAGAUUAAGACGGCGUCGCGGAUAGGUGUCGCUUCGUUCGCUCGCCAUUAGCUGAACGUAGCAGCGUAAAUUGGACCAGCAAACGCCAUUAGUUGAGGCUUGUAAGUGCGUGUAAGCGGAGCGGUCCGAGGAACACUUUUCGAACUAAAAUUGCAAAUACCCGAAAAAUAUUCACAAAACACUUUGCUAUUGCCUAAAUUGCAAAGAGGUCAAUGCGCCGCGCUUGAAAUUCGUUAGUGUAGCACUACUCUAUAAUACGUGUUUGAGUGAGUGUGGGUGGUGAGAUGUUGAAAUUGAGCAUAAUUUGCACAUUGUUCGCGUCCAUUAUUUGGCGCACCACGCCGACCAAUUGUAGCCGUCCCCACGGUCACGGCGGCAAUGUGAAUCAAAUUUUGGCAACGAAUAUAAAAAAUUACAUGGACACAACGGCGCGGCCAUGCGAAAACUUCUAUCAGUACGCUUGUGGCCACUGGCCGCAGCAGCAUAUCGAGCAAUUGGAUUUCGGCGAUACGCUUGGCCUGCUGGAUUAUGAGCUCAACCGCAAGUUGGAGCAUUUGCUGCGGCGCCAGCUCAACGCCAGUGCCAGCAAUGCGGUUAACAGCACAACUACGGCGGCAAUACCAACAUCAUCCGGCGACAGCUUAACUGCUGUCGUCACGAAUUUUGUCACAGCCGCGGCGGCAUUGGAUGGUCCCUACGCUAUGGUGGGCGAUCUGGUCGUGGAGCCACAACCAGCAGCGUCCAGCACUACGGCUGCCACAUCGACAGCGUCCACAUACCUGCUGGAGGAUUCGGUUGGUGAACCGCUGAUUUACGAGAAGGCACGCAUCUACUAUCGCUCCUGCAAGAAAGUGAAGCCUUAUAAUUUAAAGAAAUAUUUACAACUCAUACAGCCGGGUUUUGGAGCGCACUGGUGCAUUUUGGCACGCAACGGUGGCAAGAAAUGGCAUGCGGAGCACUUUGACUGGCUGUCAGCGAUUGCCAAGCUGCGUUUGUAUGGGCUGAAUGGUGUGCUCUUGAAGGAGGAAGUGCUGCCGCGUUGGGAUGAGUCGAGCAGUAAUAGCAUUUACCUGGACAAGCCGAAUUUGGCUGAGACAGAGCCCAGCGAGGAGGGCAUAAUGAUAGAGCUGCUCUUGGAUAUUGGCCAAACGAAGCGCGCGGCGAACGAGGUAGCGCGUGAGGUACACACUUUCUCUUUGCGUCUACACAAACUGCAUGAAAUUGAGGACGAAGAAGGCGCCAAAGAAAUGCAGCUCGGCUAUUUGCAGGAGUAUGUGCAGGAAAUAAAUUGGCUUGAACUGCUAAAACAGCUGAAGGGUGUCUCCACUAACUUUGAAACUACUGUCAUCAUACAAAAUAUACCCUAUAUGCGCGCCUUGGUGCGUCUACUCGCCGAUACGCCCAAGGAGACGCAGUGCAACUACAUUAUGUUGAAGUUUUUGCUCUACCUGAAACAGCGUGGACCGGCGGAGAUUUCUAAAAACGAAUGCAUUUCGAGUUUGCGACGCGCCAUGCCUUUGGCUAUGAGCUAUAUUAUAGGUCGUCAUUACUACAAGGAUCCGACACAGACAGACGAAAAUGUGCAAGAAAUAUUUGCACGACUACAGCAAAAGUUCUAUGAGAUCAUCAGCGAUAAUCGGCUGCAGCUGCAACGCCCCAUUGUAGAUUCGCUACUGCAGAAGAUCAACAGCAUGCGCCUGCAGAUAGGCAAUUCCCCACGUAAGGCCACGCCUGAAUAUUACGAUGAGUACUAUGAACGUGUCGAACUCGAUCCGAAUAAUUUCUAUGUCAAUCAGCUGAGUUUACUGCGUUUGGCUGUCGAAAAGAGCCACGAGAGUUUGGAUUCUAUGGUCGCCAGCAAUUUCAGUACACCCGAAAAUGAUUCGUAUGUGCUACCCGAUUGGGCAGGCAGCUCUUCAUCGCCAUUCUAUGUGAAGCCAAAGAACUUAAUUAUCGUGCCUUAUGGCUACUUGCAAAUGCCCAUAUAUCAUCGCAGCUUGCGCGACAUCUUCAAAUAUUCGCUGCUCGGUUUCAGCAUUGCACACGAGUUGCUACAUGGCUUUGACUCAGUGGGCAUUGACUACGAUAGCAUCGGCAACAUAAUGGGACCAAGCGAGGAGAUUGCGGCUAAUCAGCGUUUCAUGCAGGGACUACGUUGCAUGCAGAACGAGCUGGCCACCGGCUCGCGUAGUCUUAAUGAGAAACUUGCCGAUUAUGAAGGCUUCCGUUUAGCCUACGACACCUACUUUAGUGGCAAUAAGACACAACGAUCGGCUGGCAUGCUUAGCAAGCUGUUACCGGAAUUCACGGACAAACAACUAUUCUUCGUCAACUUCGCGCAGUUCUUUUGCAGCAAGGUGCAACGCAGUCUCAGACAGACCGCCUAUUUGGAACAUGCAAUCGAUGAGUUGCGCGUGCUGCAGACAUUAGCUAACUUUGAGGAAUUCUCACGCGAAUUCGGUUGCGAGCGACGUGCGAAAAUGCAGUCGAAACAUCGAUGUAGACUUUGGUGAAGCAGUUAGAGAGGAAGGCUAAUGAAACUGUUGCAACAAAUAUAGCAAAGGGUAAUCUAAAAUUGAUAAGCUUAGAUGUUUUGAUCGAAAGAGCACAAUAAACAUAAAUAAAUGUAAUUAAAGAGUA